AACUGAGCCACCCAGGCGCCCCGACAUUAUCUUUUAAUAGGAAAAUUCAGUCUAUGUACUUCUUCCUUACUUAAUGACUUUAUUUUUCUACUUUCUUUUGCUUCUUGUGACUUUGUGCCAUUUUCCUUUUAAUUUGGAAUUUCUCUUCUACCUUCUUGUGUUUUGGUGGUUCCCCUUCUUAUCCUUAGGGCUCAUCAUCACGUGCAUAUUUCUGUCUUUACUGAACUUCGGUGGGGGGGGAGGUCACUGGUGGCCUUGGUGAGGGGGAUUUGGUGGCUGUAAGGGGCAGGUGGCAAGGCAGUAAGUUGAAGAAAUACGAGCUCAGGAGUGUGGGCCUGUUCACCAGGUCUCCCGCAGGGCUAGCCACGAGUCAGAUGUUAGCUGGGGAGGGGCUGAGGGCAGAGUGGGGGAGGCAUGGGUGCACAGGGUCCUACAAGCAUGCUGGGGAGGGAGGGAAGGGGGUCUGGAAAGGUCGUCUGGCGGAGGGAAACUGUUCAAGGUGGGGAGACUGGGCAUGGCUGGCCCCUGAGAGGGGGUGGAGGCCGACUGAGGCGGGAGGGAAGGGGGGGGAUGGCUUAGAUGCCUGCCGACAGAUGGGGGCGUUGCGAUGGGACUUUGGGGCCAUCUUGAUGUGGGGGCUUCGGGGAGGUGAGCUGGGGCCAGCAGCUCAGUGCCCAGGGGUGGCACAGGUGUCCGAGAGCAGGGAAGGCGUGACAGUGGGCUGAGGGUUGGUUCAGUUCUCCAGGGCUAGGCUUUGCCAGGUGGGUAGAAGGUUGGGGGUAAAGGGGGAUGAGAAUCCUGGCAAGACGGAGGUUGACAUGGUGGCAUCCAGACUAGCCCAGCCAGAGAAGGAAGGGAGUGCAGUGGGAGCUGAUGGGGGUGGAGAAGGCAGGGAGAGAGAGCCCCAAGUACCCGGACUGGUGCAUCUGGAUGCGAAGGCCUGCUCCUGGGGUCCAUAGGGUAGGGCUGAUAGAGCCAGCUGACAGCCUGUAGACUUCUCAAAACGAGAACUGCCUGGAAGUGGCAUUAGGGAGAAGGCGAGGCCCCCUACACCCUGAGAAUGGGAGAAUAGGCAGCAGCAGUGGUUGUGGGGCGGGGGUCCAGGGACGAUUGGCCAGCCCCUUCCUCAGCCCUCACCCCCCUCGCCCAGACAUCCGCCUGGACUGGGAGACCUACACUCCGGAAGACAGGGAGGACCGACUGGUGGAGCUGCUGGUGUAUUAUGGGCCACCUUUCCCGCUGCGGGACCAAGCUGGGAAUGACUUCUUGUGCCCGGAGACCCCUGAGAGAAGCAGCUCCUUCUGGUCCCCAAGCCCCUCUGGCGCAUCGGACUCCAGCCACGAAGCUGCCCAGGCUGCCGAGGACCGCUGCGGUGUCAGCAACAGGGCCCGGCAGAAGCUCAUCUCCGUCCUUCUGCGGGAGCAUGACGGGGUGCCCGCCGACCACCUGUACAGCAUCAGCCCCAAGCAGGUGGUGGUCCCUGCAGGGGGCAGCAGCACCAUCUCCAUCUCCUUCUCACCUACGGGCCUUGGCGCCAGCAUCCCGCACAAGAUGGCGUGCCUUGGCUACGCCCUGGGCUUCAUGAGCUUGGACGAGGAGGUGGAAAGAGAGCUUCCGGGGAGGAGACGUCGCCUGCAGGACUUUGCCGCGGGACCCCUGCGGCUGGACCUGUGCAGCUACGUGCGCCCCGCACAGCUCAGCGUGGAGUUGGACUAUGGUGGUGGCGUAGAGUUCCGGCACCAGGCCAGCGACCUCAUCCCAGAGCAGCCCUGUACUGGGGUGCUGAGUGAGCUGCUGAGCACCCACCACCUGAAGCUGAGCAACACCACUGAAAUCCCGCAGUACUUCCGGCUCCUGGUCUCCGGGCCCUUCUCUGUUGCUCAAGGAGGGGCCAGCCGCAGCCGCAGCGCUCCUGGCCCGGAACAGGGGUGUGAGGAAGAGCAGGCCACUGGCGGCAAGCGGCUGGUGCUCCACCCUCAGGAGAACAUGCUGGUGAACGUGUCCUCCUCGCUGUCCCUGGAGCUGCUCUCCUACCAGAAGCUCCCGGCUGACCAGAUGCUGCCCGGAGUGGACAUCCGGCAGCGCGCCAGUGGGGAGAAAGAGAUGGUGUUUACUCAGAACCUGCUCCUGGAGUACGCCAACCAGACCGCUCAGGUGGUGCCCCUGAGGGCCACAGUGGCCGUGCCCGAGCUGCAGCUCUCCACCAGCUGGGUGGACUUCGGGACCUGCUUUGUGAACCAGGAGCAGGUCCGGGAGGUCGACCUCAUGAACCUGAGCGGCUGUCGGAGCUACUGGGCUGUGCUGACAGGCCAGCAGGAGCCAGACAAGGACCCUGCGGCCUUCAGGGUAUCUCCAAACAGUGGCCUACUGGAGGCACGACUGGUCAAUGCCCCCCCAAAUACCAUCACCCUCCAGGUUUUCUUCACUGCCAGGAGCAGUGAGCUGUAUGAGUCCACGCUGGUGGUGGAAGGCGUGCUUGGUGAGAAGGCCUGCACCCUACGGCUCCGGGGCCAAGGCUCUUAUGAUGAGAAAUAUGUGUCACCCCACCAGCUCUGAGGCCCUACUCGCAGCCCCCCAGCUUUGCAAAUAAACCAUGACCUAGA